AACAGUGAGCAAGAACUUUGUUUGUGCUACAGUAUCAAUCACUCCUAUUGAUACCCCGAUCCAACUCGAGCUUAACUGAGAUAACACUCGUACAUGUGUGGUUUUGUCUCCAGGCUGUCAGGCUGUCUGGUCACAGAGGAAGGCUGUGCUGCUCUGCUCUCAGCUCUGAAAUCCAACCCCUCCCAUCUCAAAGAGCUGGACCUGAGCUACAAUCAUCCAGGAGCCUUGGAAAAGAAGCCGUUGUUGGCUGGACUGAAGGACAUCGUCAGGCUGGAACAUGGUGGAGAGCAGAGGCUGAAACGUGGUCUGAGGAGGUGGUACUGUGAAAUCACACUGCACCCAGACACAGCACAUGGACUCCUCACACUGUCCAACAACAACAGGAGGGUGGCAUCCAACAGAAGCAAGCGGAAGCGGGCACAUCCUGAUCAUCCAGAUAGGUUUGACUACUGGCACCAGGUGCUGUGUAGAGACGCUCUGACUGGUCGCUGCUACUGGGAGGUAGAGUGGGAAGGAAAGGUUCAUAUUUCAGUGGCGUACAGGGGGAUCAGAAGGAAGGGGCGCAGUUUAGACAGCAGGCUCGGAUGUACUGAUCAGUCCUGGAGUCUGUCCUGCUCUGAUGACGGUUACUCUGUGAGUCACAAUAACAAAACAACAGCCCUCCAUCCUUCCCCUGCCUCUCACAGAGUAGCAGUGUAUGUGGACUGUCUUGAUGGCCGUCUGUCCUUCUACUGCGUCUCCCCUGACAAACGGAUCCACCUCUACACCUUCAACACCACAUUCACUGAGCCUCUCUACCCUGGGUUCUGGGGUGGAUCUGGUUUUUCACUGUCUCUGUGCUCCCUGUAGGAGGGAGUUUUAAAGAGCCCAUGGCUGCUCAUUUAGCUCAUUUUCAGCCAUUUAAUGUUUAAUCUUGGGUACCUCUAGAUUAG